AAGGUGCACGGUAACGUUUGACGAGUGGUUACGAGAACGUCCGAACUCGGGCCGAGUGGAUAGAUGACGCUCUAGAACGGGACGACAUGUCCGCGGGGUUCGAUCUCCGCGAAACAGACACCGGAACUUAACUACAGGCAUUGUCGUCAGUCGGUUCGCAUCAUCACCUGGUCACGCUCACCGCCGACUACAGCCAGUGUCAAUAACAAGUGUUGUGACAACUAGUUUGAAAAAAGAAGCAGACAAAUUGCGCGCGCGAUCUGUCUUUCAUCCCCUCCCCUCCUCGCUCACUCCCUUCCUUGCCCUUCCUCCCGCCCUGUUCCGCUCGCUCGCACACAGGUACACACCUUCCCUCUCUCUCGCUCGCCAAUGCUCUAUUUCGAAUCCCCAUUUGUUUUUCCAUAAGCUGCGGGCGCGCAACACGCGAGUGUAGACCUCAGUCUUCUGUGUGCCCUUUCCUUCGCUAUACUUUGAUUUCGUUGUUCGAUGUGUCCCGCCAGUGUUUGUAAAUAACGAUGGUGUAAUUGAUGUGCGCGAGCCGCGUUACCGAAAGGAGGUUCUAGCCGUAUCCCGAAUGCAACGCGAGUGUACCCGUGCACACACAGAACCGUGGCGCACACGGAUCUAUGAGAAGGAAUCGCUGUAGAGGGGUGUGGUACGCGAUAGAGCAGCACCCGACCAGUUUCAAUCGUUUUCUCGUCUCCCUUUCCUGUCUGCUAGCCUCUUUCCUCGUGGAUCUAUCCUCCCUACCGCGCGUGUCGUGUCUCUGUCCUCGUCUCAUCGGCGGUGCCCGUCUCCGUGGAAAAUAUGAUUGGCAUAGAAGCAUCAGCGGCGUCGUCGUCGUCGUCGCGGUUGGUGCCGGUGGUGGUACUGGUCGUGGUGCUGGUGCUGCUGCCAAUGGUGUAGCGCGGGUGUGCGCGCGCGGUGCUGUCUCGGCAGCAUACAGUGCAGACGGCGGCUUUAGACUUGGCGGAAGAAGGGCCGUGAGCUCGGCCGUGCUCCGAUGGCCUGAUAUACACUACGGGACGCGUAUAUGAAGCUACACUGCCGUGACCCGUCGAUGUGCGUGCGGGGGUGACUGGAGUGAUGGGAUGGGGCCAGAGCCCCAUGGAGUUCGGGUAGACCCGUCUCCGGCCCAGCUCCCCAGCCCCCUCCGCCAUCGAUAUCGCCACAGCUCCUGCCAGCGUCGCAGAGGGUCGCCUCGAUCGCGAUGGAGGCCUCUAGCAAUCAACAACAGAAGGAGAAGGAGCCACGUGUCCACAGGCCUUGCGCCUUCGAUAAGAUGGAGGGGCUGGUGCGGGAGAUGCAAGACCCUCAGAACGGGGUACCCGUGCGCAGCCAAAAACAAUUUCUCACCUCAAUCCCCUCAGCUUUCAUGGGUUACGACCUCAUCGAGUGGCUGAUGGAGCGGCUUUCCAUCGAGGAAUCAGAGGCGGUCCAUAUUGCCAAUCAACUCUGCCAGUACGGCUAUUUCUUCCCGGUAAACGACUCCAAGACACUCGUCGUAAAGGAUGAUAGUUCUUUGUAUAGAUUUCAGACACCAUACUAUUGGCCAUGGCAAGAUAGAACCCCUGACAAUGUGGAGUAUGCUAUUUAUCUAGUUAAGAGAAGUUUAAGAAAUAAGCAACGCCAUGGCCUCGAAGAUUACGAGAUGGAAGCUUUAAACAGCUUACGUAGGAACUUGCAAAACAAGUGGGACAUCAUUCAAUUUCAGGCUGAGGAACAGACCCAGGUACGAGUAUUGAAGGAGCGAAAAAAGGGGGAUAAGAUAGUGAGCGAUUCUCAGGAGCGAGCCUUUUGGAGAGUGUAUAGACCACCUCCUUGGUGUCUCAGUAGUCUCGAAAUAGCACCUGUACCUACGCGUUUUCGUCCUGGACUUUCACGUCCUCCAUCACGCAAACGCACCUUAACCGAUCUGCAACGCGAGGUGGCCCUUUUGAAGAACAGCUUAACACGCACAAGAAUAAAGGUUUCGGCUGCGAUCGAAAAUUUUAAGUCAUAUUUUGAAACGUACGUGGAAUACGAUCCAAUGUUUAUACAGCCGCAACCAUCCAACCCGUGGAUCACCGACGAUCAAACAUUUUGGCAACUGAACAGUUCUGUAGUGGAAGUUCCGACGGAAAAACGUGUAAAGCGGUGGGCACUAUCGAUGGAGGAGUUGAUGUCUGAUCCCACAGGUUUGCAAGAAUUCACAAACUAUUUAAGAAAAGAAUAUAGUCAUGAAAACAUACGAUUUUGGUUGGCGGUUAAAGAUUUAAGGCAUAGUUACCAAGCACAAAUACAUGAUAAAGUCAACGAAAUCUUCAGAGAAUUCCUGGCACCUGGAGCUCCUUGCGAAAUAAACAUAGACGCAAAGACGAUCGAGAAAGUCCAUCAAGAAAUUAAAAAUCCAAGCCGAUUUUCAUUCGAUUCCGCUGCUGAGCACGUGUACACGCUACUUUUGAAGAAGGAUUGCUAUCCUAGAUUUAUUCGUUCCGAUCAGUAUCGGAAUCUCUUAGCUGCCGGCGUGCAACCUUUGCAAAAGAAGAGAUUUUUUGGCUUCGGCGGACAAGCCAAAAAGAAAGUUUCUUCAACUUCGACUCCAACGCCUAGUACUUUGCAACAACACGCUGUAGGUAGUAUAAGCGGCGGUAAACGUAGAGGAAGCGAUCGAAGUCUUUCCGGAUCUGCCCAUGAACUAGCCAUCUGUGGUGUCCGAGAUACCUCGUCAACGCCUAGGGUGCCGCACUCUCACAGUCAGUCGAAUCUCACCGACAUACCAUACAGGGAUGUUGGUACACCGGAAGCGACGGCUCCCCCUAUGGACGACGUUUGUCCGUGGGACGCGGCCCCAGGUCCCAGUGUAGAACACGCCGCGGGCUCCAUGGGUCUGCAACAACAGACGUCAUCUGGAGCACCAUUGGUUGAAGGCCAACCUGAAGAGACCGGUAACAACUUGAUCGGACACCCGCAAUCUGUCGAAAUAGCGCGCACGUCGCGUAAGAAUUCGACGCAGGUGGAUUCCUGCAGUUCCUCAUCCGAUGUCAGUGUAGUAAUAACAGAGGUCUCUGAACACUUUCGAAAGUCUUGCAGCGUACAAUACACCGGUAGUUCAGGAACGAUGGAACGAAGCAGCGGUGGACCCGGCACGAUAACACGAAACUACUCGGUCAGCUCGACCAGCAGAAGAGUGAAGCUAGCGGAGAUUGGUCGGCCAACGGCUUCUUUCUGUAACUAUCCAUCACCGCAACAAUCGUUUGAGUGUUCUCACGUGGCAACCGAUAAACCGGAUACGUCUGCGACUGGAAAACCCGUAACCGAUCGUAACGAGGAGCCCGAAAGCAUUAUUACCAAGUUGAGAGUCUCGUCGUUUGAGAGGGAAUUGACGACGAGACCUUCGACGAGGGCUCCUUUGAUAAGUAUAAAUGCAAUCGUGGGGGAUCUGAUGAGCGACGUCUCGACGGUUGAAACUAUGGAAAGAGCAGAGGAUGAUUGCGCGACAGUGGUAGAAUCCGAAGGUACGGAAAGCGCUGCCAAAAGGGGUGAGCCGGACCCUGAUAAUAGUGAUUCUGUGAUCACCGCCGAGAAGGACUUGGCAACCCCGGCUCAAGCAGAGACAGAAAUCGUGGAGCUACUGGAAGAGGCACAGGUUGUUCCCGUUUGGAAGCCGGAUACUCAACAGAACGACCAAACAGCGCCUGUCACUCAACCAGAGCAUCAGGAAAAGCGUGACAAUAACGUUAACGAAGUAUGCCCGUGGGAAGACGAGGAAAACUGUAGAGUGGAUGCACCUUAUGUAAAAACCUACGCGACUUUAGGUUACUUGUAACUUGGCGUUAAUAUUAAACUUACAUUUUACACUUAAACAUUCAGAAGUUCAAUUUCGAUUUUACUAUACUAAGUUCGAGUGCCCGAGCUACCACCGUGGACACGUUUUACAAUUGUUUACGUUCCUUGAAUUCAUUUGUAUGAAGAGAAAGGCUAUUGGAUCGCUGACAUUGCUCGACGUGGAACAGAAAAGUCACUUACAAUUCGAGAUAAAAUCAAAUUAGGGGUACCUCGUGAGCGUGAGUUUGA